AUGGACUCCAGCAAGUUCGCAACAUUCUUCGGCAACGUCCCAACGUUCACGAUACCCGGACGUACUUUUCCUGUAGAGACGUUUUUUGCUAAGAAUGUCUGUGAGGACUAUGUGGAUGGAGCUGUUAAGCAGGCUCUACAAAUCCACCUUCAACCUGAUGAAGGAGAUAUCCUGAUCUUCAUGCCUGGACAAGAGGACAUUGAAGUUACUUGCGAGGUAUUAACAGAGAGAUUAGGAGACCUAGAUGCAGCCCCGCCCCUUACAGUGCUUCCGAUAUACUCACAAUUACCAGCUGACUUGCAAGCGAAGAUUUUCCAACGCGCACCGCCGGGACAAAGAAAAUGUAUAGUGGCUACAAAUAUUGCUGAAACAUCUCUAACCGUGGAUGGUAUAAUGUAUGUGAUAGACUGUGGUUACUGCAAGCUGAAGGUCUACAAUCCUAGGAUUGGUAUGGAUGCACUGCAGAUAUAUCCCGUAAGUCAAGCCAACGCCAGGCAGCGCGCUGGUCGUGCCGGGAGGACUGGCCCGGGAAAGGCAUUUUGCCUUUACACGCAGAGGCAAUUCCAACACGAGUUGUUAUCGGCCACUGUUCCCGAGAUACAGAGAACGAAUCUGGCAAAUACUGUGCUGCUGUUGAAGUCUUUGGGCGUAGAAGAUCUUCUGGCGUUUCACUUUAUGGACCCUCCACCGCAGGACACAAUUCUAAACUCAAUGUACCAGCUGUGGAUUCUUGGAGCCCUUGACGGCACGGGGGCUCUAACGCCGCUGGGCCGGCAGAUGGCGGAGUUCCCCUUGGACCCGCCCCAGUGCCACAUGCUUAUCGUGUCCGCGCAAAUGGGUUGUAGUGCCGAAGUACUUAUCAUUGUGUCAAUGCUGUCCGUCCCCACGGUGUUCUACCGACCUCAAGGGCGGGAGGAAGAAUCCGACUCGGUGAAAGAGAAGUUCCAGGUGCCGGAGUCCGACCAUCUCACUCUCCUGCAUCUCUACAACCAGUGGAAGAGUAAUAAUUACUCAAGUUCUUGGUGUACAGAGCAUUUCGUGCACGCGAAAGCGAUGCGCAAAGUGCGUGAGGUCCGACAGCAGUUGAAGGAUAUCUUGCAACAGCAGAGACUGCCGCUCUUGUCCUGUGGGACGGAUUGGGAUACAGUGCGGAAGUGUAUUUGUUCCGCGUACUUCCAACAAGCAGCCCGUCUGAAGGGCAUAGGGGAGUACGUGAACUGUCGGACAGGCAUGCCUUGCCACCUCCACCCCACUUCGGCGCUAUUCGGUCUGGGCAACUCGCCCGACUACGUGGUCUACCACGAGCUGAUGAUGACCAGCAAGGAGUACAUGCACUGCGUCACGGCCGUGGACGGAAGGUGGCUGGCGGAGUUGGGACCCAUGUUCUUCUCGGUCAAGGAGACCGGCAAAACAAACCGCGACAAGCGCAAAGAAGCAGCAGUCCACUUGCAGCGGAUGGAAGAGGAGAUGAAAGAGGCCGAACAUAAGAUGGCGGAAGAGAAGAAGAAGAAAGAUCAAGACGUUCCUGUCAAACAGGAAGUCGCUACACCCGGUUUAGCCACGCCCAAGCGAACGCCUCAUAGAUUUGGAUUGUAG